GCAGCAGCGAGCAGAGCGGAGCGGACGGCGCGCAGCAGCAGCAGCAGCAGCAGCAGCGCGGGACUCUGACCGCCGGCCCUGCAGGCGCGUUCUCGGGUCCUCCGAAGCCUCGUGCGCAGAGCAGGUGUUUUAGUUUUGCUAAAGGUCUCCAAGGGAUAAUGGCAGAAGGAUUGGAUCUUAACAAAUUGGUGGACCGUGAGGUGGUUCUGGCCUAUGUCAGAUAUGCCGUCCCUCUUGUGGUCAAAAUGAUGCUCAUAAGUGUCAUAACGGCAUUCUUCAGAAUGAAGAAGAAGGCCUUUGUGAACCCUGAAGAUACAGCCUCAUUUGGGAAAGGAGAGAAUGCGAAAAAAUUCCUGAGGACAGAUCCAGAUGUGGAGCGUGUACGCAGAAUCCACCUCAAUGACCUUGAGAACAUCGUUCCAUUCCUGUUCAUUGGGCUAUUCUACUCCGCCAGCGGCAUUUCCCUCUCCACCGCCUUGCUGCAUUACAGAGUCUUCCUUGGUUCCCGGAUCUUGCACACCAUUGCCUACCUCGUGCCCCUUCCCCAGCCCUGCCGAGCUCUGUCGUGGAUGGUGGGUUAUGCAGUCACCUUUUCGAUGAUCUACAGGCUUGUGGUGCUUGGCCUGAGCAUGUCCUAGAAAGGAAAACCUCUCCCUGUUGCCCCAUUCGGCCCCAUAAUUGCCAUGCCCCUGUGGCCAUCAGACCUCCUGCCGUUCUUCGCACUCUCCUGCAGCUUCCAUGUAGUAGGGGAAGAGCAGUGGAUGGUGAGCAAGCUGUCUCUCCAGGGCAGUUUCUCCCCCAGCACUGCUCUUCCCAUUGCUUGGUUGAUGGAGCCCACUCCUCGUACACAGGAAGUUUGAAGCCUUUUGAAUGACCGGUGCUUGGCUGACCUUGCAUGUUUGUCUGUGCACGUGUGUUCGCCUCUGCUCUAAAGAGCCAGGACGUGUUAUCCAUGAUGGCGAGAUAAAACCUAAACGUACAGAACUAGGGUGGCAUCCCUUGGACGGCCAGGCCAGACGCUGGAGAGCAGCAGUAAGGGAAGCUUGCUGCUGCUCCUGCUGCUGCUCAUCUUCCAGACCUCCCUGGUGGAGAGCUGCUGGAACAACACAGGACUGGCAGGGUGUUUGGUGUGCUGCACCAGUGUAGCUCUGGUUUGUUCACACAGCUAACCUGCCCCAGUGUUGGCACAUGCUCUUCCCCCACAGUGGGGAAAACAUGGCCCCCACCAGGAGCUGGCAGCUAUGGGGCCAGUGAAACUCUCCCCUCCCAGCCCACCAGUCCCUGAAUGCUAGGGUGUCCCAGCAGCCCACCACCACAGGAGGGAGCCUGCAGCACAUAAUGUGGGGGUGCUUUUGUGCUGAGACGCAACUGAUGUUAGUUUGUGAGUUCUGGGGAAGGGCUGGCUUGUCUUCUAAAAGCAUGCAUGUGAAGGAGGGUAUGCGGACUAGGGGGAAUGACAGCUGCAAUCAGCCGAUGGAGCAGGUAAGUUCUGGCAUCGUUGGAUUGUAGAUCGUGGGGACCACCUUCUCUGUCCCUGGCAUGCUACUCAUUGUGAACCCGUCACCCUGUCUCCACCUCACACCUUCAACAUGACCCUCUAGCAAAGCUGGAAACUCCCACUUUCGAGCUCUGACUUGGUAUAGAUCAACACCUUGCGGCUAUAGCAAAAGGCCAUCCUAGAGGUUAUGAACCGGGAAAAAGAAUUGCCCAUUCAUGACAGGCUUUGAGAGGUUUUCAGGAUUAUUUAUGCCCUGUUCAAUAUUCCAAAUGUUUAGGGUGAAUUUAGAUUGAUUCCUUUGUUCCAGUUUGUGGUUGCUUGUUCUAUGCAUUAAGUACAACUUUAAAAAAUUCUCAUUAAAGAAAACAAAUGUUGGUCUUUCUCUUUCACAUAUUGCCUCGCCUUAAAAUGAUCAGAAUGACUUGUACAAGUCUUAAGAUUUUUAAUGUAUAACAACUCUGCAUUGAUGGCGUGCACGUAUGGUAAUUUUCUACAGAUGCUAUUUUGGGAUGUUUCUUUUUGAAGCAUAAAUAAUAAAGACAACAGCAAAAAGGGAAAA